AUGACGACGAGGCACGCGUACGCGAUCGCGAACGCGUUCCCGUCGGCGACGAAAGGCGACGACAGUGGGAAUCCCGCGGCCGUGGUGCUUUUGCCGGACGAUGGACCGUGGCCGCCGGACGCGGUGAUGCAGGCGGCGGCGAGCGAAUUAGGCUUGAGCGAGACGGCGUUCGCGAAGCGGGCAGACGUGGAGGUCGUCGGCGCGAUGGUGCAUCGGAUGUACGACAUACGGUGGUUUACGCCAAAGUGCGAGAUCAAUCUGUGCGGGCACGCGUCGAUGGCGACGGCGCACGAGAUUUUUCGAGCGCCGGGGAACGAGCACGUCACUAAGAUUGGAUUUUUAUACGGCAAGCCGCGUGAUGUGUGCGAUGGAACACAAGUGAAAGCCGCUUACGAGUCGUUGUUCGUGUGGAAAGAUUUGGACGGCGGUGUAGAGUCGUCCUACGCGAUGGCACUUCCGGAGGAACGCGCGAGAUCCUUUCCGGACGCGCUUGGUGAGGAUGGGUUCUUACACCCUCAAGAAAUCGUGAACAUGAUUCGAGGCUGCUUUGGCGACGACCACGAGCGCUCGAACUCGCAGAGCUCUGCGACUUCCAAGGCGAAGUACGAGCUUCGGUACAACUUCAUCGGCGACUUGUUUUUCAUAAUCGACACGGAUGAUGCACCCGACGAGGUGUUUGAGGCGUGUUUCGACCGCUUCAUGAAUCACGCGCCCGAUCUGAAGGCGAUAUCGGAAGUGGGGAGGUGCUUCAUCGAGGAAAUGAAGUACGACUUUGAAAUGGUUCAAGGUUUUCGUGGUUUGUGCGUGCUCUUGACGGUGAAAAAUCGGCCGAAUCAUUCGUACGAUUUCUACACGCGAUGGUUUGGGCCGGAUGUCGGUAUCGACGAAGAUCCCGUGACGGGUAGCGCGGCGAGCGGCUAUGCUAGAUUUCUUGAUGACAAGUUGCCCGAGGUCGUCGGUAAAAAGCGCGGUUGUCAAAUGUCGAAACCCAGGGGCGACAUCACGGUGAGUCUCUCGGACAACCCCUACCCCGACACGGAUGUUCAUGUCGAGGUUGUCGGCAAAGUUGCGACGAGAUCGAGUGGUGUUCUCGAGGUUUCUGUUCUAAAGGAUGGUGAUAUAUCAGUCGUGAAUCGACGAAACUCCUAG